AUGUGGGACGUGCCUUUAUCGUGGCUGUAUAGCGACCAGAAAUACUGGCGACUGCGCUUGGCGCAAAAUCUUUUCAACCCGCUUGCCUUUUUCUUUUCGCGGGCGCCAGUAUUCGUGCUCUACCGCCGUCUGUUCGAUGCCCCACUUCACCGCAAUUUCUCCAAGGCAUGUUGGGCUGGUCUGAUCGCGGCUUUCUUGCUAUAUAUCCAUACCUUCAUUCUGACGGCAGUUGUCUGUGCCCCGCGCGCGGGCCACUCAUACCUUGAUAUGGACACCUUCCACCGCUGUUCAAUGGCGUUGCCGGACGCAAUUGUGCAGGGAGCUGGGAACAUUCUCCUAGAUGCCUAUGCACUGAUUCUGCCGCAGCCUAUUAUUUGGAAACUGAAGUUAUCGCGGCAGAAAAGGCUGAAUAUUGCCUUGGUAUUCGGUGUUGGUUGUAUAGCGCUACUAGCCAGCUGCAUUAGCAUGUACUACCGAGUCCAGCUGCACGUUGGGAGCGAUACUGACUGGAACGAAGGGGCAUACGAUGUUACCUCAAUAUUGGAGCUUAAUAUCGCUAUCAUCUGCAGUUGCUCGCCAGCCGUGUGGCGGCUAAUACAUCGAAACCAUUCGCACGGAUCCGAUUCCAGAGGCAUGGGCAGCACGCCAAGGCGACAACCACGAUUAUUCUUCUCCUCGCUUACGGGGUCCAUAGUUGGGUUGCUCGGCUUCUCACAGAAUGCUAGUAAGAGUAGCAGCAACGGUGGAAAAUCGUUUACAUCGUCAUCGUCGGCGACCCCUAAACCCCAACUCAGCCAGGGGUCCUCAGAGCAGCGAGGCCCGUAUCACAAUCUACAUAGCUCAUCAGAUCUGCCGAAGAAUGCGGCUCAAUUAGAUGGGUACGAGAUGGGUCGACUACAUCAGAACGAGGGGAAUUGA